AUGAGUCGUGUGGGGCUGCAAGAGAUCAGAAAAUGCUCAAUCGCGCGAAACAGUCCUUCCAUCACAUCUACUUUAAGAAAAGCGCCAAAUCCAUUAAAGGUAUUUAUCCUGAUUUUUUUUUCUCAAUUUAUUAUUUUGCAGGUCAAUAUAGACGAUAUAAAAUCUCUCAUCGAUUCUCCUCUAAUCGGGCCAAAGGAUAAGGAAAAUGUUGAAACUCAGACAGAUGAUACGACGGUAUCUAAAAAACUUGAAAGUGUUUUUGUUCGAAAAAGAUAGUUUAGCAUGUUUGUUCAUCAGUGCAGACUGAAGUAACAAUCAGCGAAACAGACCCAGAUAUUAGUGCAGAGGUUUGAUUUCCUCUUUUUUUCAACCAAUUUACGUUUUUUGUUUGUUGAAGGAUUUAACGUCCGAAGAACCGACGGUCAACUACUGGCGCGCUCUUGCAAAUCGUCUAGAAGAAGACAUUGACGAAAUUUCGGAGAAAAGUUUUCAGGUACGUCAAUUUUGCUUAUUGCAUUGAGGAGGACUUUUUUCAUCCAUUGUUAGACUAAUUCAGAACUUUUCUUCGAUAAUUGACGUGAAAAAUAUUUCGGUCAACGGUUGCUGAAAAAUUAUUUAUAAAUCGAAAAGCUACCGAAAAUAGUUCGCACAAGAGAAUCACAUUAGGCGCUCGCGCCGGUCGAAAUGUGCUCCAAGAAAAGUCUAAAAGGGGAAUUUUGCGUGCUAAAUGGUAGCCAAAUGUUUUUGUUAACCGUUUUUCUCCGCAGUGAUUCGUGUAAUGAACAAACUUCUUAAAAGAUUUUUGGAGAUGCUAAAAAGCGCGAAUCUUGCACUGCAGAGACUACCCUUAAAAAAAAAAAACGAAAAAUGAGCCUGAGAAAAGGUAAUGAAACUUUCAAUGCUUUUUAAAACAACCAGUAACGUCUUUCGAAAGAUUUAUGAAAGGUCGAGAACAUUCUAAUAGAUCCGUUGCAAAAAAAAAGUUAAAAAUUCACUUUGCGUUUUGACUUUGCACGUUGGUGAAAUCUUUAUUUUCGACAAUCUCUCAUCUAUAGAUUUUACGCUCCCGUGAGAAUGCGUACAAUUAGAAGAAAAUAAAAAUGAAGCGUCGAAAAUAAGUUUUUAGCUUUAGUGGUACUCACUGUAUUUUUUUUUUUUCCUUUUUUUCAGUAAUGGUAGCACUUUUUUUCUUUGUGCCCAUAUUAUGCUAUUCAAAUGAAAUUCUGCAGUUAUCCGCUCAACUCGGCGAUUCGAUGGAAGAGAUACGAGAAGUGGAAAGUCAGCUGGAAACUUUGAGGGAAGUUUUGCAAGACUUGGAGACGCAAAGCCGAGAAACAGAGGGAAACGAUGAAGAUGAUGAAGCCUCGGAAGCGGCUGAAAAAUGA